UGAACAGGGAUAGCUCAAAGAGACAAAAAUGUUGAGAUAUAAAUGUAGAAGUUCCUUUUGAUAAUAGAAUUUCCUCUUUAGACACAAACGACAGAGAGGUAUCAAUAUUUGAGGCUUGAUGGAGGAAUACUUAGCUCCAAUACCUAUCACCCAUCUCCUUCAACACACAUUGAGAAGCUUGUGUAUACAAGAGAACUCUCAAUGGGUUUAUGCAGUCUUUUGGAGAAUCUUACCUAGAAAUUAUCCUCCACCCAAUUGGGGAUUCCAAGGAGUAGCAAAAAACAGAUCAAGAAUAAAUAAGAGGAACUGGAUGCUGGCAUGGGAGGAUGGCUUCUGCAACUUUGUUGAACCAAUAGCUGACUUUGAUUCUGGGACCGCCUCAUAUGUUCACAAAAACUUUGAUCCUCAACUUGGACUGCAACCUGAGCUCUUUUUCAAGAUGUCCCAUGAAAUUUACAACUUUGGAGAAGGUUUGAUUGGACAAAUUGCUGCAGAUAACAGUACUCAUAGAUGGUUUCACAAAGAAUUCAGUGAUCAAGAACACAACUCAUCUGCAUGGAAAAGCAUAGGAGACUGGCCAAGGACAUGGAAAGCUCAGUUUCAAUCUGGUAUAAAGACAAUCUCUCUAAUUGCAGUAAAAGAAGGUGUUCUUCAAUUGGGAGCUGUUAACAAGGUAGCAGAAGACCCCAGCUACGUUGCUCAAGUACAAAAUAUAUUCAAUUAUUUUCAUGGUGUCCCUGGUUUCCUCCUACCUCACCCAACAUCAUCAUCAUCACCAACAACACCAUUCAAGCUUCACGAGUUCAACCAUUGGAGUCCACAUUACACUUCACCGUCUCAUACAGUUCACUCUUCCUUAUCAACAAUGGAACAUCUCUAUAAUAUUAACUUCAAUCAGCAGCUGAUGAUUACUCCUUCAAUGAGCAGCCUCGAGGCGCUCCUCUCGAAACUCCCUUCUGUAGUGCCAACACCAUCCCCACCUCUGCUUCAUGACUUGCAUGAUUAUUCACCACUUGAGUUUUCUAUCCCCUCACAAACCACUGGAGCUGGUUGGAGCUGGAAGGAAGUAGAUAGACAGAAGGGAAUGAAUGAAGAGAAAGAACACGUGUGGGAUUAGAAGUUUCAUGUAUUAGAUAGCAGAAGACUGAAACAGUUAUAAUGGGUUUAGCUCCAAGGAGGUAUUUAUGUAACCAAAGAAUGGGUUUGAGGAGGAGAAGAAGGCAAAGGUUAGUUCGAAUUAAAGUCCAAAAGCUCAAGAGCAUUGUGCCUGGUGGGCAUGGUCUUCAGCUCGAUAGACUUUUUGUUCAUACAGCUAGCUGCAUUCUGCGUUUGAGGCUGCAAGUUUAUGUAUUGAAAUCUAUUCUCGGAUUGCACUAGCAAAAAUGACUUCUUUGUCAGAGUAUUUGAAGCUAUCUUUCUAUUGUCUUUGCAUUAUUAUCUUGCAUAAUAAUGUUUUCUUUUUUCUUCUAUUGAUACUCAAAUCUCAAUAUUGCUAGCUAUUAUAUCGAAUCUAUCGAUCAAGAUGGAAGUUCUUUAUUGUUU